AUGGGACAGACAGUGACAACUCCUUUGACUUUGACUCUUGAUCACUGUACUGAAGUAAGGACUAGGGCCCACAAUCUGUCAGUGGAUGUCAAGAAGAGACCCUGGCAGACUUUUUGCUCCUCUGAGUGGCCGACCUGGGUGGGUUGGCCACUAGAGGGAGCCUUUAACCUGCCUCUCAUUUUUGCUGUAAAGCGCCUUGUUUUUCAGGAAACCAGAGGACAUCCCGACCAAGUCCCCUAUAUCAUCGUAUGGCAGGACUUGGUCCAGAAUCCCCCAGCUUGGGUUAAGCCUUGGGCCUUGGGACUUUCUGAAACAACGGUGGUGGUUGCAGACACCAAGUCCAGGGUGGCCCAACUGUCGGCUAAUCCGACAGCACUCCAGAAGAUAUACCCUGAGGUCGAAGACCUCCUGUGGGCAGAGUCACAGCCUCCCCCUUACCUUUUGCCACGGUCUUCCGCACCCCCUGCCCAGGCCCCUGUUGAGCGAGAUGGAGGGGGAGAGCCUGCAGCGGGAACACGGAGUUGGAGAGGUCGCAGCCCGGAAGGGGGGUAUGGGCCCGAUUCCACCAUUGCCUUACCCCUCCGUGCCUAUGUUGGUGUCCCCCCACCAGGACCUGAUGAACUUGUCCCCUUGCAGUAUUGGCCUUUUUCAUCGGCUGAUCUAUAUAACUGGAAAAUUAAUCACUCUUCCUUUUCAGAAAAUCCCUCAGGCCUGACUGGACUCCUCGAGUCCCUCAUGUUUUCCCAUCAGCCCACUUGGGAUGAUUGCCAGCAACUCCUGCAGGUCCUCUUCACCACGGAGGAGAAAGAACGGAUCCUGUUGGAGGCCAGGAAGAAUGUACCAGGACCAGAUGGGACCCCCACUAGUCUUCCCAACCUUAUAGAUGAAGCCUUCCCCUUGGUCCGCCCGAAUUGGGAUUUCAACACAGCGGAAUGUAGGGAGCGUCUCACAGUAUACUGCCGGACUCUAGUGGCAGAGCUCAAAGGGGCUGCACGGCGACCCACCAAUCUGGCCAAGGUAAGAGAGGUUCUCCAGGGUCCAGUGGAGCCGCCCUCUGUUUUCCUGGAACGACUGAUGGAGGCCUAUAGGAGGUAUACACCGUUUGACCCCUCCUCGGAGGGACAACAAGCGGCUGUGGCUAUGGCCUUUAUUGGUCAGUCCACCUCUGAUAUCAAGAAGAAGUUACAGAGGUUGGAGGGGCUCCAGGAUUAUACUUUGAAGGAUUUAGUGAAGGAAGCUGAGAACGUGUAUCAUAAAAAAGAGACAGAGGAAGAGAAACAAGAGAGGGAAAAGAAAGAGGCAGAAGAAAGAGAGAACCGGCGUGAUCGCUGGCAGGAGAGGAACUUAAUUAAGAUUUUGGAUGCAGUAGUAGGUGAAAGAAGGUUAGAGGAAGGAAAGUCAGGGUACCUGGGCAACAGGGCAAGAAGACCUCCAGGAGAAAAGAGACCACUGCUUGAAAAUGAUCAAUGUGCAUAUUGCAAAGAAAAAGGACAUUGGGCCAGAAACUGCCCCAAAAAGAAACAGAGAGGACCCAAGGUGCUGACCCUUGAUGAAGAUUAAGGGGGUCAGGGCUUGGGCCCCCUCCCCGAGCCUAGGGUAACGCUCUCUGUGGAGGGGACUCCUGUCAAUUUCCUAGUAGACACAGGAGCAGAACAUUUCGUCUUAACCAAACCAUUGGGGCAAUUAGGAAACAAGAAGACUAUGGUAAUGGGAGCCACCGGUAGUAAAUUUUACCCUUGGACAACUAAACGGGUUUUAGAAAUAGGAAAAAGUCAAGUGACUCACUCUUUUCUCGUGAUUCCUGAGUGCCCUGCGCCCCUACUGGGAAGGGACUUGUUGACCAAGCUUAAGGCUCAAGUCCAGUUUACCUCAAAGGGACCAGAAGUCACCUGGGGAGAGGCCCCUGUCCCAUGUUUGGUUCUAAACCUAGAAGAAGAAUACCGCCUCCACGAGCAUGGUCCCAAGUGAUUACCAGCCCCUGAAUGGCUGUCUGUUUUUUCUGGAGUCUGGGCUGAGCAGGCAGGAAUGGGAUUAGCCAAGCAAGUGCCACCUGUGAUGGUUGAACUAAAAGCUGAUGCCUCCUCCAUCUCGGUCAGGCAGUACCCUAUGAGUAAAGAAGCUAAAGAAGGCAUCCGACCACAUAUUCAGAGAUUGUUGCAACAAGGGAUCCUAGUACCUUGUCAGUCCCCUUGGAACACUCCCCUCCUGCCUGUGCGUAAGCCAGGGACCAAUGAUUAUCGACCAGUGCAAGGUUUAAGGGAAGUUAAUAAGAGAGUACAGGACAUCCACCCUACCAUUCCAAAUCCUUAUAACCUACUAAGUUCCCUCCCGCCAGAGCGGACUUGGUACACUGUCUUAGACUUAAAAGAUGCCUUUUUCUGUCUAUGGUUACACCCCAGUAGCCAGCCACUGUAUGCUUUUGAGUGGAGAGAUCCAGAAGGAGGACACACGGGCCAGCUAACCUGGACACGGCUGCCCCAGGGAUUCAAAAAUUCCCCUACUCUUUUUGAUGAGGCACUCCAUUGCGACCGUGCAUCCUUUAGAGCGCUGAACCCCCAGAUUUCUCUUUUACAGUACAUAGACAACUUACUACUUGCUGCCUCAACUCAGGAACUGUGCCUUGACGGGACUAAGAAGCUCCUGAAUGAACUGGGUGAGUUGGGGUACCGGGCAUCUGCAAAAAAAGCUCAGCUAUAUUGCACUGAGGUGAUCUACCUAAGAUACACCCUCCGAGAAGGGAAGCGGUGGCUCACUGAGGCUCAGAAGAAAACUGUAAUGCUGAUCCCGACCCCCACCACAGUACGUAAGUUUCUGGGGACAUCGGGCUUUUGCAGACUUUGGAUACCGGGAUUUGCAACACUGGCGGCCCCUCUGUACCCUCUCACUAAAGAAAAAGUCCCGUUCACCUGGACAGAGGAACACCAGAGAGCCUUUGACAGCAUAAAGGCAGCCUUGCUUGUUAAAGACGCUGACAAGCUUACUCUGGGUCAGCAUGUGACUAUAAUUGCUCCCCAUGCUCUGGAGAGUAUUGUAUGACAGCCCCCUGACCGGUGGAUAACUAAUGCCCGGAUGACUCACUACCAGAGCCUGUUGCUAAACAAGUGAGUGACUUUCGCCCCACCUGCCAUUCUCAGUCCUGCCACUCUCCUCCCUGAAAUGGAUGACUCCACCCCGAUACAUCAAUGUGCUGAUAUCCUGGCUGAAGAAACUGGAACAAGAAAGGAUCUGACUGAUCGACCCUGGCCAGGUGUGCCUGAUUGGUACACAGAUGGUAGCAGCUUUGUGGUGGAAGGAAAAAGGAGAGCGGGAGCAGCAGUGGUAGACGGAAAACAGGUAAUCUGGGCAAGUAGUCUUCCAGAAGGGACUUCAGCUCAGAAGGCCAAACUCUUGGCUCUGACUCAAGCCCUAUGACUAGCAGAAGGUAAGGCCAUUAACAUCUAUACUGACAGCCGGUAUGCCUUUGCUACGGCCCACAUACAUGGGGCCAUCUACAAGCAGAGGGGAUUACUCACUUCGGCAGGAAGAGACAUCAAGAACAAGGAAGAGAUUUUAGCUCUUCUAGAAGCAGUGCCGAAAAAAGUGGCCAUUAUCCAUUGCUUAGGUCAUCAAAGAAGGCAAGAUCCUAUAACAAAAGGGAACCAGAUGGCUGACCUCGUGGCAAAGCAGGUAGCCCAGCAGGUAACAAUAUUAACAGAAAAGAGUCAGGCUCCAGUGGAAACUCAAGUUGCUAAUAACUCUAACCAUGUUUAUUCGGCUGAUGAUUUUAGGAUAUUGGAAGAUAUGAUUUGCAGAAAACAGGCCCAAGAAUUCAGCUUUGGUGGGGUGGCACAGACUAUGGAUGGGCGAGUGAUCCUGCCAACGAAAGAAGGAAAAGAUUAUGUUCAGAAACUACACCAAUUGACUCAUUUAUGGGCAGACAAACUGAAACAACUAGUUAAAGCCUCUAAAUAUCAUGUGUUAAAUUUAAACUCAACAGUCAGACAAGUGAUAGGUGCUUGCCAGGCCUGUGCACUCACUAACACCGCUAGGCCCUAUCAAGAGUCUGGAAGAAGAAGGCGAGGAGACCGACCAGGAGUCUACUGGGAAGUGGACUUUACUGAAAUAAAGCCUGGAAAAUAUGGUAAUAAAUACCUAUUAGUUUUUAUAGAUACCUUCUCAGGAUGGGUGGAGGCCUUCCCCACCAAAUCCGAAACUGCUCAGGUGGUAGCUAAGAAGAUCCGAAGAAAUCUUACCCCGGUUUGGAAUUCCUAA